AUGCUGAGGGCCUUCACUUCAUUAUGUGUGGGCUCCUCUGGGACGCUUCAGAAAGGGCAGGUGUUCGCCUCACUGGAGAAAGCCGGCCUACCAGCCACGGAGAGCAACGUGCGCGCCAUGAUGCGGUUUCUGGAUACGGAUGAGUCAGGCCACGUGACUUAUGGGGACUUUCGGAACUUUCUGCUGCUGCUACCGCCCGAACGGCUGCAGGGGAGCGACCCCAGCAUGGUGUGGUACGAUGCUGCCACCAUGGUCCCAAUGGCGCCGCCCGCUGCCACGUCAGCGCCAGCUGGCAGCGUGAUCAAAUCCGCGCUGGCGGGCGGGCUGGCCUCGGGAUUGUCGACGUGCCUCAUGCACCCCUUGGAUACCAUCAAGACCCGAGUGCAAGCCUCCUCUGCAUCGCUGACUGAAGUCAUCAAAUCAGUGCCGUCCAUCGGCAUUCAGGGAUUGUACCGGGGGGCUCCGCCCGCCAUCCUUGGACAGUUUGCCAGCCAUGGGUUGCGCACGGGCGCGUACGAAGCUUCCAAGAUGCUUCUCACCAGCAUGCUGCCCAACCUCACGGAGUACCAGGUCCAACCAGUGGCCUCCCUAUGUUCAACUGUGUUGGGAACGGCUCUCCGCAUUCCCUGUGAGGUGCUGAAGCAACAGCUGCAGGCAGGGCUCUACAGCAGCACGGGGGCAGCGCUUAAGGCGACGCUCAAGGAGGGAGGGGUGAAGGGGCUGUUCCGAGGGACCACCGCCACGCUGUGCCGAGAAGUGCCAUUUUACGUGUUUGGCAUGCUCAUAUACCUGCAAGUCAAGCGGGUCACUCGGCAUGUUCUCCGCCGGGAGCUCGCCCCCUGGGAAACCCUCCUUCUGGGCGGCUUCUCGGGCGGCAUGGCAGCGAUUGCCAUCACUCCAUUCGACGUCAUCAAGACACGAAUGAUGACGUCGCCUCCCGGGGCUGCAGCGGCUGGCAUGCUGACAGUUGGCGCCAACCUAUUGGCCACGGAGGGGGUGGGGGCGCUGUACAAGGGCUGGCUGCCGCGGUUCUUCUGGAUUGCUCCCCUUGGAGCGAUGAACUUUGCUGGGUAUGAGCUGGCGAAGCAGGCGAUAGAUGAUGUGGGGGAGGAGGGGGAGGUGGGGAAAGAGGCAUAA